UGAUGUAGCCACUACAUGCCUGGCCACAAGUUAAGUUUGCACAUGAACUGUACAUUAAUUAGCUUUUUCUAGUAUUUUAUAUUAAACACUUUGCAGCGAGCACCCCCAGCAGGCUGAAAUGAAGACACUCGUUUUGGGAGUUGGUGGGGUGACUAAUGGAGGUAAAUCUACUCUUUCUAAGAGUCUACACAAGCAGGUACCCAACAGCUGUCUCAUUGCACAGGAUGAAUAUUUUAAGGAUGAUUCUAUGGUACCAGUGGACAUCAAUGGGUUUAAGCAAUAUGACAUACUUGAUGCUCUUCACAUGGACACCAUGGUGAGAGAGGUGGAGUCUUGGCAAAAAGACCCCGUGGCGUUCCUGCGGCAGCGAGGCCCUGAACACACCACAGCAUCAGCAGAGGAAGAGGAGGUUUAUGUGCUGAUCGUGGAGGGCUUCCUCAUUUUUAACCACAGGCCUCUGAAUGAGCUAAUUUACAAAAAAUACUUCAUGGAAAUACCUUACGAUGUCUGCAAAAGGAGACGAAGUUCGAGGGUGUACACGCCUCCUGAUCCUCCAGGAUACUUUGAUGGAUGCGUGUGGCCAAUGUACCUGAAGAACCGUCUGCAGAUGGAGAGCAUGGUGUCUGGAAUAUUAUUUCUGGAUGGACUGAAGCCAAAGGAAGAGCUGCUGGCUGCGGUGUGUAAAGAUGUCUGUCAGGAAAUAGAAAGGCUCAGGGAGGACGACUGAAAUGUUUGGAGUUUUAUUUGUUUACCUUUUGAAGAUGGAAACUGCUGCUCCUAUGAAUGUCAGGAAAGUUCAAAUGUUUUGGCUUGUGUGACUUUAAGGACCAAAUCAAGUAUUAAUGGCUAUGUUAAACCUACAAUAGUUAAUGUAGCUAAAAUGAUUAAAACAACUGUGAACUAGAAUAUUAACCAUACACACACAUAUAACCUCAACUUUUUAUGUGACUCCAGAUAACCAAAUAGUGUGCAUCACUGCUACAAAUAGUAUUAAAGAUUUUUCACUCAUAUUUUAAACAAUGAUAAUUGAAUACUGUGGUUUAGUGAGCUUCAAUAUUUGUUGUAUAUCAUUUGUAUUGUCAAAGGUUACAACUGUGAAUUUGUAACAUUAGUGCAAGGUUGUCUCCCUCUGUUGGUUCAGUCUGAUAAACUUGAGACAGACUAGCGACCAACUUGUAGUAUUCUCUUUUCAACUGUUCUAAGCAAAUACAAGGAAAGAAGCAACACAACAAAAAAUCACAUCCUAACAAGCAUGUUGCAUCUGUCAUUCUUCUUGUAUAAUCAUUAAACCAAUUACAUUGUGAAGUGA